AUGCAGCCCCGACUCGGCCAAGGCAUCCCCGUCUCCAGCUUUCUCUGGCCAAGGUAUCCCCGUCUCAAGCUUUCUCUGGCCAAUGCAACCUCUUCUCUAGCUUUCUCUGGCCAACACAACCUCUUCUCUAGCUUUCUCUGGCCAACACAACCUCUUCUCAAGCUUUCUCUGGCCAAGGCAACCUCUUAUCUAGCUUUCUCUGGCAAAUGCAACCUCUUCUCUAGCUUUCUCUGGCCAACGCAACCUCUUCUCAAGCUUUCUCUGUCCAAUGCAACCUCUUCUCUAGCUUUCUCUGGCCAACGCAACCUCUUCUCAAGCUUUCUCUGGCCAAUGCAACCUCUUCUCAAGCUUUCUCUGGCCAAGGCAACCUCUUCUCAAGCUUUCUCUGGCCAAUGCAACCUCUUCUCAAGCUUUCUCUGGCCAAGGCAACCUCUUCUCUAGCUUUCUCUGGCCAACGCAACCUCUUCUCAAGCUUUCUCUGGCCAAGGCAACCUCUUCUCAAACUUCCUCUGGCCAGUCAAACCUCUUCUCCAGCCUUCUCCAUACAAGGCAACCCCUUAUCCAUAUGCAACCCUUGCUCUGGAGCAGUCCGGGAACCCAAUUACUCUAACUUCUUCCAUCCAUCCAACAAAAGAAGGCAUCCAACCCUUCCCCCAGUGUUCCCAGGCCAAGGCAGCAUCUUCUCCAUAGCCAAAAAACACAUAGCCAUUCCCCUUCUCCCAUCUGUCCCUGUAGCCAAGGCUGUCUCACACCCCUUAGCCUAUUCAUUCCCAGCCAAGGUAUCCCCAUCUCUAUGCAUGACUUCUCCAUAGCCAAGGUAGCCCCAUCUCUAUGCAUGACUUCUCCAUAGCCAAGGUAGCCCCAUCUCUAUGCAUGACUUCUCCAUAGCCAAGGUAGCCCCAUCUCUAUGCAUGACUUCUCUAUAGUCAAGGUAGCCCCAUCUCUAUGCAUGACUUCUCCAUAGCCAAGGUAGCCCCAUCUCUAUGCAUGACUUCUCUAUAGCCAAGGUAGCCCCAUCUCUAUGGAUGACUUCUCUAUAGCCAAGGUAGCCCCAUCUCUAUGGAUGACUUCUCUAUAGCCAAGGUAGCCCCAUCUCUAUGCAUGACUUCUCCAUAGCCAAGGUAUCCCCAUCUCUAUGCAUGACUUCUCCAUAGCCAAGGUAGCCCCAUCUCUAGGACUUCCCUACAGCCAAAGCUAUAUCUAUAGCUUCCUGUUGUAGCCAACGUAACACUUAACCCCAUCUCUCAAUGAUCACUCCCUAUAGCCAGAACAGUUUAACCCCAUCUGUAAAUCACUUCCUUAGCUAGCCAAAUCAGUUCGCCCUCCCGUUCUUCCACAGCCCACUCCCAAGCCUCCUCUCCUAGCCUCCCCCCCUAGCCAGAGCUGCCCGUCCCCAGCCAUCACCCCCUUUUCUCCAGCAACAUCCGCCCACGCUCCAGCCCCAUGUAGUGUGGUUCCUGUAUGGAACACUUGAAAGAGGAGGUGCACUAUAAAGGGAAUUGGGUACUAUUUGGGAAGUAACAGAGAUCCCUCAUUGAGCCACCACAGACAGUGUAACCUUCAGUAUGAGAGAAGUCACAAAGGUCGUAUAACUCACAUUAGAGUCCUGUACUAACCAGACAGAAUGACAGGAGGAGAGGAACAGAGAAGGAGGAGGAGAGAAAGGAGGAGGAGGAGGAGGAGGAGGAGGAGGAGGAGGAGAGGAAGACAGAGUCCUGCUCCACUCUCCCUAGUCAAAUCAAUCAAAUCAAAUGUUAUUUGUCACAUGCGCUGAAUAAAACAGGCUUUACUUACUUACUUACUUACUUUCCUACAGAGUUACAAAGUAAGAACAAAUUGCACCAAAAAAAAGAGGAAAUGACAACACAAUAAAAUAACAAGAACAAGACUAUAUACAAGGAGUACCGGUACCAAGUCACUGUGCCGGGGUACCAGGUAGUAAUGAGAAUAUAUACAAGGAGUACCGGUACCAAGUCACUGUGCAGGGGUACCAGGUAGUAAUGAGACUAUAUACAAGGAGUACCGGUACCAAGUCACUGUGCAGGGGUACCAGGUAGUAAUGAGACUAUAUACAAGGAGUACCGGUACCGAGUCACUGUGCAGGGGUACCAGGUAGUAAUGAGACUAUAUACAAGGAGUACCGGUACCAAGUCACUGUGCAGGGGUACCAGGUAGUAAUGAGACUAUAUACAAGGAGUACCGGUACCAAGUCCAUUGUGCAGGGGUACCAGGUAGUAAUGAGACUAUAUACAAGGAGUACCGGUACCGAGUCACGAAUGCAGGUGGUCCCAGGUAGUAAUGAGACUAUAUGACAAGGGAGUACCGGUUUACCGACGUCAUUUGUUGCAAGGGGUACCAGGUAGUAAUGAGAACUCAUAUUACAAGGAGUACCGGUACCGAGUCAUUGUGCAGGGUACAGGUAGGUAACUGAGGACUACUAUACAAGGGAAGUGACCGGUACCGAGUCAAUGUGCAGGGGUACCAGGUAGUAAUGAGGACUAUAUACAAGGAGUACCGGUACCGGCGUCACUGUGCAGGGGGUACCAGGUAGUAAUGAGACUAUAUCCAAGGUAGUACCGGUACCGAGUCACUGUGCAGGGGUACCAGGUAGUAAUGAGACUAUAUACAAGGAGUACCGGUACCAAGUCACUGUGCAGGGGUACGAGCUAGUUGAGGUAAUGGAGGUAAAAUGCACAUGUAAGUAGGGGUAAAAGUGACUAGGCAAUCUGGAUUGAUAAUAAACAAAGUAGCAGCAGUGUAUGCGAAGAGUGUGAAAGAGUGUGUGUGUGUGCAUGUGGCGUCAAUAUGCAUGUGUGUGUGUGUGUGUGAUUGUGUGUGUUGGAGUGUCAGUGUAGUAUGUGUGGGUAGAGCCCAGUGAGUGUACAUGGAGCCAGUGCAAAACAGAAAAAUGUGCAUUGACCCAAAUAAAAAGGGUCAAUGCAAAUAGGGAAGUAGGAAAGGGCCUUCCCCAAACUGUUGCCACAAAGUUGGAAGCACAGAAUCGUCUAGAAUGUCAUUGUAUGCUGUAGCGUUAAGAUUUCCCUUCACUGGAGCUAAGGGGCCUAGCCCGAACCAUGAAAAACAGCCCCAGACCAUUAUUCCUCCUUCACCAAACUUUACAGUUGGCACUAUGCAUUCAGGCAGGUAGCGUUCUCCUGGCAUACGCCAAACCCAGAUUAGUCCGUCGGACUGCCAGAUGGUGAAGCGUGAUUCAUCACUCCACAGAACGCAUUUAUUACAUUUACAUUGUAGCCAUUUAGCAGACGCUCUUAUCCAGAGCCACUUACAGUUAGUGAGUGCAUGGACUUUUCAUACUGGCCCCCCGUGGGAAACAAACCCACAACCCUGGCGUUGCAAGCGUACCAACUGAGCUACAGGGGACCUUCACUAUUAUUAUUAUUAUUGUAUUAUUCUACAAUAUAGAAAAUAGUAAAAAUAAAGAAAAAACCUUUGAGUGAGUAGGUGUGUCCAAACUUUUGACUGGUAGUGUAUACUUCCAUUAAUAGAUAAUCCUGUUCUAGACUGAUAUAUAGCCCUGUAUAUAGAUGUCCUAGCCUACCUCUUUCAGGUAAUAAAUUCAAUGCACUAUUAGCCUUAUAUUUAGCUAAUUAAUGAUGGGUUAUGCAUAAUGAGCUUCUAACGUAUAGCCUCGGUCUCUUGCGCAAUACACAAGCACCUGCGCUCCGCAAGCCUCUCCUUAAAAACCGCUCCUUAGCUCUUGGAGUCCCAUGCAGGAAAAGCUAGACUAGAAUAGUUUGCUGGACAUACAUUUGUUCUUGCAUUUCUUAUACCAAUAGACUAUUCGAAGAGGGACUCAAGCUUUUUUUGCUGAAUGUUAAAUACAGCAACCAAUAGAACUCACGGGUAGUUUGAAAGAAGAGCGAACGCGCGAUGGCGGUGGGCUACAGAAGUUAUUCAGACCCCAUAACUAUUCAAUCCUCGUGAAGGGAAGUGAAAGCCUUCUGCAUCUAAUUCUAGUCCUGUACUAUUUAAGGAUGUCAUUAGAAUGAUGGAGAUAAGGACAACGAAGCUUAUUUAAUUUAACAGUUGAAAGUGAGGAAGGAAUGACGCAACAACAUAGAGAGAGAGGAGGUAGGCUAAUAACAUUGGGGGAAAUAUUAUGAAAGGCAUUCUGUGGGGAGAACAAGUAUUUGAUACACUGCCGAUUUUGCAGGUUUUCCUACUUACAAAGCAUGUAGAGGUCUGUAAUUUUUAUCAUAGGUACACUUCAACUGCGAGAGACGGAAUCUAAAACAAAAAAACAGAAAAUCACAUUGUAUGAUUUUUAAGUAAUUCAUUUGCAUUUUAUUGCAUGACAUAAGUAUUUCAUCACCUUCCAAACAGUAAGAAUUCCGGCUCUCACAGACCUGUUAGUUUCGGUGUGCACAUCACUGACAACCUGAAAUGGUCCCUUCACACAAACAGUGUGCAACAGGGCCUCAUCAACCUCAGGAGGCUGAAGAAAUUCAGCUUGGCCCCCAAGACCCUCACAAACUUCUACAGAUGCACGAUUGAGAGCAUCCUGUCAAGCUGUAUCACCGCCUGGUACGACAAUUUCACAGUCCGCAACCGCAGGGCUCUCCAGAGGGUGGUGCGGACAGCCCAACGCAUCACCAGGGCACACUGCCUGCCCUCCAGAACAUCUACAGCACCCUUAAGUCACAGGAAGGCCAAGAAGAUCAUCAAGGACCUCAGCCAACCCGAGCCACGGCCUGUUCACCCCUUUACCAUCUAGAAGGCGGAGACAGUACAGGUGUAUCAAAGCUGGGACCGAGAGACUGAGAAUCAGCUUCUAUUUCCAGCCCAUCAGACUGUUAAACAGUCACCACUAGCCGGCAUCCGCCCAGUACCCUGCUCUGAACUUUAGUCACUGUUCUGACCGGCUAUCACCAGGUACUCUACCCUGCACCUUAGAGACUGCUGCCCUAUGUACAUGGAGUCAUGGAACAUUGGUCACUUUAAUAAUGUUUACAUACUGUUUCACUCACUUUAUAUGUAUAUACUGUAUUCUAAUCAUGGCUCAUCCUGCUUGGUUUAACUGCACUGUUGGAGCUAGAAACACAAGCAUUUAGCUGCACCUACGAUAACAUCUGCAAAUCUGUGUACGUGACCAAUACACUUUGAUUUGAUUUGAACCGGCUUUAUCUGGGGUCUGGAAAAACGGGCGCUAUGUGCUGACAGUUCUGGUCCGUUCCCUCUCCCAGUCUCCAUGCCCAGGGUUUCAGUGGUACUGCUGGACGCACCAGUAGUCUGACCCAGCCCGGGACCCAGUUCAGCACCAAGGACCGAGACAACGACCGCUGCUCCUGCAAGUGUUCCCAGAUGGCUUCUGGAGGUACAGGCUCUGAGCUGUGAUUCCUAUUUCCUCCCCCUCAAUUUCUUUCUCUCUUUUCUUAUCCUUCCCUCAUCCUACUUAAUAUGAUUUCUAUUUAUUUACUUUCCUCUCACUUUAUUUUCACCACCUUCUUUUUCCAUCCUCUGUCUUUUCCCCCUUUCACCCAUUAUUUCAUCCUAUUGUAAAGUUGUUCAUAAACCUACAUGAAAUCACUUUGUAUGACCUUUGGACCACACAACCUCCUUUUUCCUCACUAGGUCGGUGGUUUGAGGCGUGUGGUCCCUCUGCCCUCUCUAUUCCUGACCCCUGACCUCUCCCCUCUCCACUAGGUUGGUGGUUUGAGGCGUGUGGUCCCUCUGCCCUCUCUCUUCCUGACCCCUGACCUCUCCCCUCUCCACUAGGUCGGUGGUUUGAGGCGUGUGGUCCCUCUGCCCUCUCUCUUCCUGACCCCUGAUCUCUAACCCCUGACCUCUACCCUCUCCACUAGGUUGGUGGUUUGAGGCGUGUGGUCCCUCCAACCUGAACGGUAUCUACUACGCUGGCGUCUCCAACGUGGUCCGCUACAACGGCAUCAAGUGGUACUACUGGAAAGGCCCCAGCCUCAUGGCUACCAUGACUACCAUGAUGGUUCGACCCGCAGGCUUCUGA